AUGACCUUGGAAGAUUUCGAAAAGUCACUAGCGGAAGACCAGGAUCGACGUCGAGAGAGGAGCGACAAGGACCGACGCCAUCGAGACCGUGAUGGCGAUCGCGAUCGUAGCAAAGACCGUUCAAGUCGUCAUCACCAUCGUUCCAGCCACAACCACCGACGGCACUCGUCACGAUCCCGCGAACGAGACAAUAGACGUGAUCGUGAAUCUCGACACCGCGAUAAUGAUGACGGUCACAGACACAAGCGUUCACGUCACUCGACCGACCAUGGAGACGACCACGAGAACUCACAUAAGCGCCGGCACCGACACGAGCGAGAUGAAGAGCAUUCGGCUCCCAAGACGAUCAUCCAGGAGGAGCCAAGUGCCCUGAAGCGCGACUCCUGGAUGGAAGCACCCUCUGCCCUCGAUAUUGAAUAUGUUCAUCGCCCAGACCCCAAUCGCGUGGAAGAAUCUACGAAGCCAAAGAUGCUUCAAGCGGACUUUGAGCUCAAGAUUCACGACAAGGAGCUUAACAGCCACCUUCGUGACCUUAAGGAUGGAAAGGCGCUUGAUGAUGUUGAGGAAGAGCCCGCGCAGCAUGAGGUGGAUUACACAUUCGGGGACUCUGGAUCUCAAUGGAGAAUGACCAAGCUCAAGGGCGUAUACAGAGAGGCCCAGGAAAGCGGUAAAUCUGUCGAAGAGGUUGCUGUGGAGCGAUUUGGCGAUCUCCGCUCCUUCGAUGAUGCCCGAGAAGAAGAAACCGAGCUGGAUCGCCGCAAGACGUAUGGCCAGUCGUAUGUCGGCAAGGAAAAGCCGAGCGGAGAGUUGUUCCAGGAGAGGAAGCUUAAGAAUGUAGUCCACCGAGACCCGCAUGAGCAUACUCGUGAUCCUGCCGAGGAGCUGCGGGCAGAGGGCCAAGGCAAGGUCAUGGGUACGGAGGCUCCGUCUAGCACGACGAAGCUCCUCGACCAGACAGCCCUGAAUCGCCUCAAGGCUCAGUUGAUGAAGGCAAAAUUGAAGGGAGCCGCCAAUGCAGCUGAGCUUGAAGAACAAUACAACAGUGCCGCAGCUGCGGCAAUAUCCAACCGCAGUGAAUCAGACGUCGUUGUGCUAGGUGUCCAACAAAACCGCAUGUUGGCUGGCUCAAGGAAUGAGGUCAAGCCAGUUGAUACUAAACGUGGCCGCGAAAGAGGCCUUAUGGAGGACAACGAGGAUAUGACCAUUGAGGAUAUGGUUCGAGAGGAACGCAAAACCCGGGGUCAACCCGGUGGUGAAGGAGCACGGCUCGCAGAGCGUAUUGCGAAAGAUGGUAAAUUCGAGAAUGACUUGGAGUAUAUGGACGAUCAGGCUUCCAAAUUAGCCAAACGAGUGCACCGAUCUGAAAUCGACAUCAAGAGUGCCACGAUCAAUGACUUCCGCAAGAUGAAUCGCAUCUUGGAUAAUUGUCAGCUCUGCCAUCACGAAGAUACGAAUACUCCGCCAGUCGCACCCGUCGUCUCCCUCGCCACUAGAGUCUAUCUCACGCUUCCCACUGAACCAGAAAUCAGCGAAGGCGGAGCGUCCAUCGUGCCCAUUCAGCACCGAACCAAUCUCUUGGAAUGCGAUGACGAUGAAUGGGAGGAGAUUCGUAACUUCAUGAAGAGCCUAACGCGCAUGUACCAUGAUCAAGGCCGUGAUGUGAUCUUCUACGAAAAUGCCGCACAACCACAGCGCAAGCGCCAUGCCUCUAUGGAAGUUGUCCCUCUACCAUACAGCCUCGGAGAAACGUCACCUGCAUUCUUCAAGGAAGCGAUUCUGAGUGCCGAGUCGGAGUGGUCACAGCAUCGCAAGCUCAUCGAUACUUUGGCAAAGUCCAAACAAGGGCUCGGUAGAAAUGCAUUCCGCCGGACUCUGGUGAAGGAAAUGCCGUACUUCCACGUCUGGUUUGAGCUGGACGGCGGCCUUGGCCAUAUCGUCGAGGACGAGCACCGCUGGCCUCGUGGCGAUCUCUUCGCGCGCGAGGUCAUUGGCGGCAUGCUCGACGUUGCUCCCGAUGUCAUCAAGCGACAGGGCCGCUGGAAUCGUGGUGGGGAUCCACGGGUGGAUGGGUUCAAGAAGAGAUGGAGGAAGUUUGACUGGACUCGUAUCUUGCUCGAAGGAUAG